AUGUCUGCUUCAACCGUCUCCGCCUCCACCUCCACCGCCAACUUCCCAGCCGAUUCUCGCUCUGGGCCCCGCCGACGACUAAGCCAACUACGAGCCUACACUCAGAAUCAUUUUUCGCCUCAUACCUCUUCCUCUUCUGCAAAUUCCCAACGCUCUUCUCGUCGACAUACCUUCAGCAGUCGUGUCUCUUGGUUUUCCCCUUCUGCCUCGUCGACUAGUCCGGAGUCUUCGUCUCUCCCUUCAGCGGGGACCUCCCAUCCCGCUCCAUGCCCAACAAGCGAUCAAUCUGCUCUCGCUCGUUAUAGUUCCGUCUUCUUUCCUAGCUACCGCGCCGUUGACGUAGAUUUGGAAACCCGUGACCUCACAACAGACUCGUCACAGUCGACCCCGUCGAACGACUCCGGCGGUGAAAAUUCAGUCGAGGCGAUGGCGCGUUCAGGAGCUUCGUCAGGGGCCUCGAAUGCACGAGACGACCCGCGAGCAUCGAGCUCAUCGGCCUCUGCAAAUCCCACCACAAACACUUCCGAAUCUGCAAAUUCGACUGCGAGUCAAAAUUCCUCGUCUCCUGGUCCGAAGGGAAAGGCCACCAUCCGCUUCUUUCCCCAUCAAGAUUCCAGCCAAAGCUCCAGGCCUUCCUUGCACUUCAUUCCUAUUUCGCGAACUCUCCCAUCGGAAAGUAGUGUAAUUCGUGUCGGCCGAUACUCCGAGCGCGAUGGUAUGCCCGUGGCUAAUCCUACCGAACCUUCGGAUGCCCCUGUCGGAUUCAAGUCAAAAGUUGUGAGUCGGAAGCAUUGCGAGUUCCUCUAUAUAAAUGGGCAGUGGCAUAUCAAGGAUGUGGGGAGCUCUUCUGGGACCUUCUUGAAUCACAUGAGGUUGAGCCAGCCAAACAUGGUGUCGAGGCUCUACACUAUCAAGGAUGGCGACAUCGUACAACUCGGUAUCGAUUUUAGAGGCGGCGAGGAGAUGAUCUUUCGAUGCGUGCGGAUUCGCAUAGAGUGCAACCGUUCCUGGCAGCAACAACCCAAUGAGUUCAACAAAAACACUGCAAGCCUUAUCAAGAACCUUGGCAAAGGGGAAACCGCAGAUUAUUCAGGUUGUCGCGAGUGCUCAAUCUGCCUCGGCUCGGUCUUGCGACCUUAUCAGUGCUUGUUCAUGGCGGCUUGUGCCCAUGUAUGGCAUUACAAGUGCAUCAGCCGUCUUAUACAUACUCCUGAGUACCCGAUGUUCCAAUGUCCCAAUUGUCGUGCAUACACAGACUUGAGCGCCGAGGUGGACGAUUCGAACGACGCGAACGAUGUGGAUACCAGCAAGGAGAAGGAUGAUACUCAGGAGCCUGCGCAGACGUCAGCAGCAGAGGCUUCAUCUGGAAGCCAAGAAUCCUCAGCGGAAUCCGAUCCGGCAGCAGCUCCUACCCAAGAGCGCACGGAAAGCAAUCGUCAAACAAGUGACGUUCCUGCUGAGGAGGGACUAGCCGAUAACAUCGAGAACAUGCGGCUUCAGGACGAUUCUCCUUCUCCGUCCGAAGCAGAGGCAGAGCGAACUCCGAACGUAGCAUCUGCCUCUCCUGAACCGGCUGUGAGCAACAUUACUUCUGCCCCCACAACAGGUUCCGCUGCCUCCGUUCCUCCAUCCCACCCCGUCGCGAUCAGACAGACGCGCUCUGACACACCUUUCCGCUCCGAGUCGUCCGAUGAUAACCCGCUGACGCCUAGAAACGAUUCAGGGCCCCUGGCCUUUGAUGGCAGAGCUGGCAUGCCAUGA